CAGUACGACUCCGCCCCUCGCGUCACGUUUCCUUGGAAACACCAGCAAACAUGGCUGCUUUGAGAAAAAGUGAUGUUGAGAAGCCGUUUUUAUAAGAGGAAAGACGAGCUACAAAAGGUGACAUGGAGGUAGAAGACAGGAGAAGCCCCGCAGAGGUGAAGCCUGACAGGUGUGGACAGCUGGAUGUCCACCUCAGUCCAGAUGAUCCAAGUGAUGAAACCUUUAAAGCCGAAGAGUCAGAUGUGCCUGCUGAUUUGGACUGGUUAGAAGAAUUGUCUGAAGAGGAUGAUGGUGUUGACGAUGGUGACCUUGCGGCUAUGGCUGAUGGUUGUAAGAAGAGGAGUUAUGCCGAGACAGCACGGAUGUUCAAGCUGAGACGAAACCUCGACCAGCUGGACUGCUUUCACCGACAGAAGGAGCAUGACGUGCUGAAAGCCAGAGAAAAGCUAAAACUCUGUCAACAGAAUAUUCAAAGUUUGUUGGAGCAGAGGGAUAACUUGGAGAGAGAGAUAGAACAACAGAAAGUAACAGACAACAGCGUGGCUUUGUUUCGACUGCGAGCCCAGCAUAAGCACCUAUGUCAAAAGCUGCAGAGUGAGGAGGAGCUCGAGGGCCACAUCAACAUUGAGCUGAAGCAACUAGAACUGGAGCUGAGUGAGGUGGAAGUUGAGCUUGGCAGAUGCUCCUUGCUCCGGCAGGAGGUGCAGGAAGAGGAGCAGCUCUUCCAGGUUCUUAAAGCCCAGAAGGCAGCAACGAGGCUGCAGCAGGAGAGGGAAGCCAGCCAAAACCUGCAACUCAAGAUGAAGAAUCUGAGGGAUAAACAGGCAGCCAUGCUAAAGAAAGAGAAGACUGAAUGUCAGAGGAAAAUCGAAGAGGGCCGAGAGAGCUGCAAAAUAGCUGCCAAGUACUUGAAACAGACUGUAAAAAGGAUGAAUCAGCAGGAGGCUGAGAGGGAGCGGCAGAACCAAGAGUUACUGGAAAAGAGGUUACAGGCUGUAAAGUCAUUGAAAACUAACAUAGAAGCAACCCAAGAGAAUUUACAGGUCCAGCAAAGCAGAGCCAGAGCUAAUGCCCAGAAGAAGGAGCAGCUACAAAGACAACUGAGAGAAUCCCUGCAGGCCCAAGGAAUCAACAGUAUGAAACAUAUGUACCAGCAGAAACAACAGCAGGAAACAAAACGUAAAGAAGGGGAAUUUCAGGAGAGUCAGAAGUCAAAAAGAGUGGAGAUUGUUUCAAAAAUCCUUCAGGAAGAACAGCUGACGAAUAGGAGGCAGAGGAAGCCGGCACUGCUACUGCCCAAACCCUCAGCCACUGAGAAGUUCCUAUCUCUGAGGAGGGCAAGUGAGAAGCUCCCGUACUACCUGGAUUCUGUUCCCCCAUCAGCUGCUGAGGAGAAAGCCACUAUCUUCAGAGAUUUCAGUGACACCAGCAGCUCCUCGUCAUCGUCAGCUUGCUCUGAUGUUGAGGACCUGGAGGGGACUGAGGAAAACGAGGAGAAAGUGAAUCACCAGAUCCCUACUGACAGCCUGGCUGAGCCUGAAUUCUCCGGGCUGUGGGACCAACACAUCAAGAAAAUGCCCAAUGAGAAUACUACACUGGUGCAAACACAACUGAGGCAAGAAAAACCUCCAAUAGCGAGUGGAAAGCUCAAUAUGACUGCUAAAAGAAAUCGUGGAAAAGAGUUAAAAGGGCCUCCAUUCAUUAGUAAACCAGAGGUCAUCCUCUUCAAGGACUUUGAUGUGGGAAAAAUGUACAAGAAGAAAAUUGUCCUGACUAAUAUCAGCUACGCAGUUAUUAACUGCAAGUUUCUCGGGGUCUCCCCUCACUUGAAGAACUUUUUCACCAUCAACUUCCAGCCUCCUACUUUGUUAUCCACCGGGAUGUCAUUUGACAUGCAGGCUAUUUUCCAGCCAAUGAUCAACGAGGACUUGGAAGGAGAGCUCCAGUUUGCAUCAGCUCUGGGUCCCUUCUUUGUGCCCAUCAGAUGCACUGUAAAGAAAUGUAUUCUGAAGGUUGACAGCCAGUUUAUUGACUUUGGUUCGCACGUUGUGGGCCAGACUAUUUCACGGACCAUCACACUGACCAACAAGGGUGCACUGGCCACGCAUUUCAGCCUGGACAGCUCCACAUGUCUCAGUCCAGAAACGAGCUACGUCCAGAUGCCACCACAGGUCUCUACCAACACAUAUGAGGCAUCCAGUCAAAACACAGCAACUAACAACCAGAACAGCCCUGAAUCCAUUGAUGCUGAAGAUGUCCAAUCAAAGCUACAGAGUCGGGAGCUCUCUGCAGGAGAACAGCAAGAACAAUCAGUGUCAGAGGGUGUGAAAACUGUUCCUGGAGCUUGUCUUUCAUCUGAUUUGGACACUCAGACAGACCAGACCCCCUCAGACUCCAGUGACAUAAAACUAAGAGAUGUACGCGGGGGAGAGAUCGGGUCAUUUGAAAGUGUCAAACUGGAAAUUAUUUUCACUCCAACCAUUCCAGGAGAGACCAGACUGGACUUCUCCUUUAAAUUCUCUGAUAAAACCAGCAAACCAAUACCCAUCCAUGUGAGAGGUGUGGCAGUCAGCAUGCCUGUAUGGGUACUUCAGCCCAACAUUGACCUAAAGAUCUGCAUGUUUGACCGCCUUUAUCAAGACACCAUCAUUGUCCAAAGCAGAGCCAGCACAGCUUUGAAACUGACCUUUGAGGUAUGUCAGGACAUGAGGAAGCACAUGGAGAUCCUACCAAAGACCGGCUUCAUCCAGGCUCAAUCAAGCUUUAGUGCCCAACUGAAGUUCAUCCCGAGACGCUCCCUGUCCAAAGAUGCAAAGUUUUUUGACAGUGACACAGGAGUCCUGGAGGUUCCAAUGACAGUGCAAGUAGCAGGCCAGGUCAGGGGUGUCAAACAUAAGGCCCGGCAGCUAGAACUGGCCCAGCAAAGAAUCCAAUCCAGCCCAUUGCAGUGCUUUGGGAAAUGUGAAGGAGGGGAGACCUCCCAUAUGGUGCAGCCUGCCCAUUUCACCGUCCACGCCAUUGUGACCUCCUCAGACCUGCAGUUUGACCACAGCGAGGUGGACUUUGGCUACUGUUCCAUUUACCAGUCAGUCAAGAGCAGCAUUCGCCUCACCAAUCUGUCCCUCCUACCCCAAGACUUUGGCUUCUUGGGUGUGCCUGAGUUUAUUGAGGUUCAGCCCAAUGAUGGAUUUGGUACUCUGCUCCCACAAGAAACCCUGGAGGUUGAUCUGAUUUUUAGUGCCCAAACUGCCAAAGAGUACGUCUUUCAGCUCAGCUGCAAGUCUGGAAUUAACAGAGAUUUUCUGCUGUCUUGCCGAGCAGUGGGUGUCCACCCACCACUGGAGCUCUCCCAUUUUCUGGUUCAGUUUGGAGCCACAGCAGUAGGUGACCAGUCCACUGCCAUGCUGUUCCUGAGCAACCGUCAAACGGGCCGUGACCAAAAUAGACAACCAGUCUCUCCAGGGGUCAAGGCGCCUGUAAUGCCCCGUUUGUUCUCCUUUGCCCUGCCAGAGGACUCAGACAUCGACAUCAGUCCGUCUGCAGGACGCCUUCUUCCUGGAGAGAGAUGUCUUGUCCAGGUAACGUUCAAACCCAGACUGUUGGACCAGGAGAUCAAAGAAGAGGCGCUCCGUCGUCUUCAUCGAGCCAAGUUGCUCUAUGAGAGUGAGCUCGAGGGAAACAGACUGGCUGAACAGGAGGCAAAACUGGAGAUCCCACUGGAACCUAGUAAGGGGAAAAAGGCGUCAGUGAAUCCAAAAAACAGCAAGGUGUCCAAUGAAGCAGAGAAAGGAAAGCAAAGUGAAUCACCAGAUCCUGGCAACAUAGUACCAGGGUCAAGUUGGUACGAGGAGGCCAAGGCCUCUCUACUAUACUCCUUCAGGAAACGUUAUAGAGAGUACACCAUUCCCUGCUUUGUGUCAGAUGGAGACCCUCCAGAGGACGACAAACUAGUCCAGCCAGCAUGGAGUCCCUUCAAUACGCUCUACUUGAAGCUUCAGUGUCCUGCUGUACAACCCCCUCUAGUGGUGAUAUCCAACAAUGGCUGCAAUAUCAUAAACUUCCAUCAGGUGACAGUGGGAGAAAGAGUGAUUAAAAGGUUUACAGUUCAGAACAUUUCACAGGAAUCUUUGGAUCUGAGCUCGUCGGUGUUGGACAUGUACAGUCCCUUUUCCCUGCUCAAUGCUCUUAGAUCCAUAAGACCUGGAGAAAAACACACUCUGAUUCUCGCCUUCAGUCCAACUUUGGAAAAAAAGUGCUGUGACAUGCUGGAGGUGCGGUGCCAGAAAAUGACCCUGGAAAUGACUCUUCUCGGGGAGGGAAUAGUCCCUGCUGUCACCUCCUCCCACAAUGGAGAUGUUCUUGACUUUGGCUAUGUGCUGGAGAAGGAGACUGCCUCACAAGUCGUGAAGUUGCAGAACAGCUCAGCGGUGGCAGUGAGCUUCAGGGUGAUGCUCGCUAGUCUCUCUCCCUUCAGACCUCAGGGUGGAGCUGACCGGGUGGCCUUUCUGCUAGAAGAAUAUGCAAACUCCCAUGUCCACCCUGCUGUGGGGACUCAGAACUACAGUGGGUUGAGUGUGUUCAGUGUGGUGCCAGUAGAGGGCAGCAUUCCUCCAGGGCAGAGCCAAGAAUUCACGGUCACCUUUCAGCCUGACCACCCAUCUGUCAACUACUCUGACAAACUCACCAUAGAGCUCAUGAAUAAGAGUAAAGUGUGUGUGAUGGAGCUGAAGGGUGCAGCCUCUUCACAUAGCAUGUAUCUGUGUGGCGGAGAUCCGCUGACAGCGCCUGUUGAAUCCCUGCUCCCUCCAGUCAUAACCAGUGAACCUCAGCUCACAGCAGAGUCAGAGGUGACGGAGAGCCCCACCAUUCCUGUGUUGGUGACCCUGAAGGCCAGGUGUAGCUCGGGUGCCAUCACGCCUGCAGUCAGGGAGCUGCAAGUGGGCUGUAUCCGCUCCACACAAACCAGUAAGAAGGGUGGUGAGUUUUACUGGGAUAAUGUGGCAUCCCUGCAGCAGCAGGGCUUUAAUGUGGAGCCGAGCAAAGGCAAUGUGGACACAGGCCAGCGACGCACCAUCAGGAUCACAUGGACACCCCACACUGGAUACAAACCUUAUGAGGUGGUGCAGAUGUGCGUGCCUCUCACUUUAAAGGGCGACAGGAUGAAUGUUUACAGAGUCACCCUGAUGGCUUUGGUCUCCACGACCGCCGAUUGACCUCUAAAGGACUUGGAUGAUGGCCAGCAGGAAUUCUGCUCACACAUACUCUGACUAACCACAAAUACACAUAUUCUGUGUGUGUGCAGAGCCAGCAUUAACAAAUAAUGAGAUCAUUAAAGGUUUUGUUUGAACAUUAA